AUGUGCAUUGACUACAAGCAGUUGAACAAAAUAACAAUUCGCAAUAAAUAUCCCUUGCCUCGUAUAGAUGACAUGUUUGAUCAGUUACAUGGAGCUGUGCACUUUUCAAAGAUUGACCUUCGAUCUGGUUAUCAUCAGCUUAGAAACAAAGAUAAAGAUAUUUCUAAGACUGCUUUCAGGACUCGAGAUGAGGCCUUAGCUGGUAAAAGCAAGGCUAUGAUUGUUGAAAGUGAUGGUGUUCUUCGAAUGGGUGACAAGCUAUGUGUAGCAAACGUCAAGGCUGAGCAUCGGCGACCUGCAGAUCGACUGACAAAAUCAGCACACUUUAUGCUAGUGAAGACUACAUAUGAUGGAGUGAGAUGGGCACCGUACGAAGCAUUGUAUGGUAGAAGAUAUCGUUCUCCUAUAAGAUGGUUUGAAGCUGGAGAGACUAACUUAUUGGGAUCAGACUUAGUACAAGAAGCUAUUGACAAUGUCCAGUUGAUCAGACAGAGAUUACUCACAACUCAAAGUAGACUAAAGUCUUUUGCAGAUAAGGGAAGAAGAGAGUUAAUGUUCACAAUUGGGGACAAAUUAUUCUUACGAGUCUCCCCUAUGAAAGGUGUGAUGCGGUUUGGGAAAAGAGACAAGUUAAGCCCCAUGUUCAUUGGACUGUAUGAGAUACUAGACAGAGUGGGAGCUGUGGCUUAUCGUUUGGUACUUCCUCUUGAGUUGUCUUUUAUUCAUCCAGUGUUUUAUGUCUCAAUACUAAGAAAAUAUAUAUCAGACUCAUCUCAGGUACUUGAAGCACCGACUAUACCGUUCGAUGAGAAGUUGUCUUACGAGGAGGAGCCGAUGGCUAUUGUUGUUAGACAAAUAAGAAAACUACGGUCAAAAGAAAUUGUGUUCGUGAAAGUCUUAUGGAGAAAUCAUACUGUUGAAGAAGCUACAUGGGAAAUAGAAGAUGCUAUGCGAGUUAAGUAUCCUCAUUUAUUUCAGUCUACAG